UGUUGUUGUCACACUGAUUGAAGAAAAUGGAAGAUUACAAAAAGGGUUUUUGCCUUCUUUGCGUUCUAGUCUUUGUAAGCAUUUCAGAGAUUCAUAGAGUGGAGGGUGCAGGGGAAUGUGGGAGGUCUACUACUCCAGAUAAUGAAGCACUGAAGCUUAUUCCUUGUGCCUCUGCAGCACAAGAUGAAAAUGCUAAAGUUUCUCAGAGUUGCUGUGCUCAGGUCCAGAAACUUGGCAAGAACCCUAGUUGUCUGUGUGCUGUUAUGCUUUCCAACACAGCCAAGUUAUCUGGAGCUGACCCUAAGGUUGCCAUAACCAUCCCAAAACGCUGCAACCUUCCUAAUCGCCCUGUUGGUUACAAGUGUGGACCUUACACUCUGCCUUAAGUUUGUACUGAAAACAAGGAGGGACUGGAGCAUGGUGUUAACUAAAAACUGUGACUGAAAAACUACGUUUCAUUCUCCAUGUAACAUUCUGAUCAAUAAUGGCUAGCAGCACUCUAGUCUUCUUGCUGAAUAAAAUCUGCACUUGUAACGUUUAAUGUUUAUAAACUUGUUUACUGUAUUAAUAUAUUUCUUUUCCUCUAAA